AUGACAGCCAAGAUAGACGCGUACAUCGACUGCGUCUCGCCGUACUCAUACUUCGCAGCACUCUACUUACGGCGGAAUCGGAAGGCACUAGAGUCGCAUGGAGUGGAAGUCGAGCUUCAUCCGAUCUUCUUAGGAGGUGUCAAUGUUGCCUCUGGCAAUAAACCUCCUUGGACAUUGCCGGCCAAAGCGGCAUAUGGCAAAUUCGACAUGCAACGGGCAUGCAACUACUUCGGCACUUCACAAAACAAGACUCCGGAUUUCUUCCCCAUUCUCUCAAUCAUGCCCCAACGCUGCUUGAUCUAUAUCAAAAACAACCAUAGUCGCGAACUAUUCGAAAAGACAUUUCUCUCCCUGUCAGAGUGGAUGUAUCAAAAGAACAUCGACGUUAGCAAGCCUGAGAACUUGGCGAAACUUCUACAAAGCCACGGGUUCUCCGAUGAGGAUAUCAAGAAGAUUCUAGCCGCGGCGUCGAGUCCGGAGUAUAAGCAAGCGCUUACGGAUAACACGCAGAAAGCGCUUGAUUUGGGCGCUUACGGGGCGCCUUGGUUUUGGGUGAGAAACUCGGAGGGCAAGGAGGAGCCUUUCUUUGGGAGUGAUCGGUUUGCGUAUAUGUGGCAGUACCUGGGCUUGCCGUUCCAGGAUAUCGCUAUCAUCGAGAAGGAGAAGGCGAAA